CAAGUCAGCACCGGCGGUUCACGAGCGCUCGUCACGGUUCACGGAACACGUUGUCGGAUCGUAUCGUCGCCGUUUUUACCUGGGAGUUUAACAUUAACAGACGACCAAAAUACCAUGUCGGUCCAUCGCUGCGAAAUGAGAGAUGAAACCUAAAUUUAAUUCAGCUGAAAAUUAAAAAUUACGGUGAUAAUUUUUCUAAAAAGGAUGACACAAUUGCUGGAUUUAAAUUUUGUCUGGGAGAAACUCAAGUUCCUUUUCUUAUGCAUAUGUCUGCCUUACUUUGCAUCUGGUACUUGUCCCGAUGACGUCAAAAGUCAAACCAAAACCUGCUUCGGGGAUUAUGAGACGAAAAUAGCGGGGAUUCUAACCCCCGGGAAUUCUAUCAUAUCGGGGGUGGACGCCGAGAAUAUUCGUCUUCUCUGCACUGGGUUUAAAUAUGGAGAGGCCUGUGUUGCUAAUUUGAAAUCAAAAUGUCCACUGGAUUCGGCCCCCAUAGAGGAGGAGCUCCUCCAGCUGACCUUAGCAGAAGAGGAGCUAAAAGUCCUGUGUCGAGACGACUCCUUAUAUGAUGUUUAUGCACGAAAUAGAUAUUGCUAUGAGAAAUCGGGAAUAGCCAGUGAGAAAUGUUUCCGAGAUGUAAUGAAUUCCUCUGUCCGGAUUAUAACGGAUUUAGACCAGAGGUCUGUCACAGGAUUUUGUGGGAAUGUGGACACCUUGUUAAGUUGUAUAGGUGACGCCUUACACGCCCAGAAGUGCAGUGAGGAGUCCAUCACUCAGAAAGAUAAACUGGUCCGGCCGCUAAUCCGGGGUAGCCAGGAGUGUGAUAAAUCUGCUUACACUGUUUCUAGUCAGAAGACAACGCCUUCACAGUUACAAAAUGGCCGCCAAUCCGGCACAAAGGGGAGGGAUGGUACAAACACAGCAAGCUACUGCUUACCAAAUCUAACAUUAAUUUUAUCAUUACUGUCGGUAUUUUCAUUAGUUCUGGGAUUUUCAUGACAUGACAGUGUAUGAUAGACAAUUGACUUUAGAAUAGAAGAAUGUGCAUACUGCCGAAUUUGACCGCAUCAUGACGUCACUCGGCAUCCUUUGCUAAUGACAAAGUAGGAAACGUGGUGGAGGAAUGCGAGAAACUGUAGUUAUACUUAGUGAAAGAGAUGUUGAAAUACAUCAGAAUAUGCUUCCCGUGUAGGAAUGUGUAAAGGAAAACAUUCUGUAUGUGAGUGCGCAUGUGUGUGAUUUGGCGUGUCCCGGUGGUUGGAGUUCUUAAUAUAAAAUUUUAUUUCAUUUCCGGCCUGUUGGCAAUUAAAUCGUUCAAAGUGCUUAUCACAGUCCUGGAUUUGUGAUUAGUUUUCGUAGAGAUCAUUUUAAAAUGUACAUGCUUUCUUUUAGGUCCAGCUUGAAGCAAAUAAAAUCAAUGUAAAAUAUUGUUGCUCAUGACUUGUAAGGCUUAUUAAAAGCAGUGAACACUUUGAUUGGUAAAACUUAGAAUUUGUCUGUUUCUCUGCUCUAGUCCAUUCAAAGUGCUCUUUUUUGUUUCAUUGUUACACUUGCAUUGAUAAAGAUAUGUUUAAAACUGUUAAAUAAAACCUAUGAAAAUA